UUGGAGAAGAAGACAGUGCUGUUACGUAACCAUACGGCGACAUGUAACACACGCACGAGGAUGCUUUACUCUACGUUAAACUUGAGUAUUUCAGUGAUUAUUUUGUAAAGUAAAGUACACAGAAAUUGUCAUCCAGCCUCAGAGAACGAGAUAAAUCAGAAAUGGCUGACUUUUCGUCGCUGGGUCUCUCAGACUGGCUGGUUAAACAGUGUAAACAGCUGGGGAUCAACAAACCCACUCCUGUCCAGGAAAACUGCAUGCCGCCCAUACUAGAAGGUCGGGAUUGUAUGGGCUGUGCUAAGACCGGAAGUGGGAAGACAGCAGCGUUUGUGCUGCCGGUGGUGCAGAAACUGUCAGAGGACCCAUAUGGCAUCUUCUGCUUGGUGCUCACUCCAACCAGGGAGCUCGCCUAUCAGAUUGCAGAGCAGUUUCGAGUCCUGGGGAAGCCGCUGGGUCUGAGAGACUGCAUCAUCGUCGGUGGAAUGGACAUGGUGAGCCAAGCCCUGGAGCUGUCCAACCAGCCACAUGUAGUCGUAGCGACGCCCGGGCGGCUGGCUGAUCACAUCCGCAGCUCUGACACCUUCAGCAUGAGCAAGAUCCAGUUUCUAAUUCUGGACGAGGCGGACCGGCUGUUGGAGCAGGGCUGUACUGACUUCACCAAAGACCUGGAGACGAUCCUGGCUACUUUACCGGCUAAACGGCAGACGCUUCUGUUCAGCGCCACGCUCACUGACACCCUGCACGAGCUGAAGAACAUCGCCAUGAACAAACCUUUCUUCUGGGAGAGCAAGUCAGAGACACGGACAGUGGAGGAGCUGGACCAGAGGUACAUCCUCACUCCAGAGAAGGUAAAGGACGCCUACCUGGUCCACUUGAUCCAGACGUUUACUGACGAGCAUGACGACUGGUCUAUCAUCAUCUUCACCAACACGUGCAAGGACUGCCAAGUCCUCACCAUGAUGCUGCGGGAAUUUAACUUUCCAACCAUCUCCCUGCACUCCAUGAUGAAACAGAAACAACGAUUUGCAAACCUCGCCAAGUUCAAGGCCAGCGUCUUCAAAAUACUGGUUGCGACAGACGUAGCUGCUAGGGGUUUGGAUAUUCCAACUGUCCAGGUCGUCAUCAACCACAACACCCCCGGUCUUCCCAAGAUCUACAUCCACAGAGUCGGACGAACAGCAAGAGCAGGGAGGAAUGGAGUGUCCAUCACACUGGUGACGCAGUACGACAUCCACCUGGUCCACUCUAUUGAAGGACAGAUUCAGACAAAGCUGAAGGAGUAUCCUGUGGAGGAGAAAGAAGUCCUGAAGAUUCUCACCCAGGUCAACGUGACCAGACGGGAGAUUGAAAUAAAACUUGAGUCAACAGACUUUGAUGAGAAAAAGGAGAUCAACAAAAGGAAACAGCUGAUCUUGGAGGGGAAGGAUCCAGACCUCGAGGCUAAGAGAAAAGCCGAGCUGGAGAAGAUCAGGAGCCAGAAGAAGAAGUUCAAACUAAAAAUCCAGGAGAGCAUUCAGAGACAGAAACAUGGACAGCUGAAAAAAAAACUGAUAAAGAGAAAACAGUUGAAAAAGAAAAAAGCAGCACAAGCAACAGCAUGAAAACUGCUGUGACCCAUGUAUAUACUAAAUAUGUUGCUGUACAAUGUCUAAUAAUUGUCUGUGUGAUGAUCUGCAAAUAAAUUUGAACUUGUGCUGAAUUUCAUACCAUCAAAACUGCUCAAAUUGACAGCCUUUAUUGAUUCAGUUUAACAAGAAACCAUGUUGUGAUGAAACUUCACUGCAAAGAUAAUUCAGAUAGGUAUUUACAUCACAUUGAGCUCUCAACCUCUGCCUGUUGACAAAGAAUCAAGGGUUUCAUUCACAACUGAAUCACUUCUUUAAUGAUGACUGCACAUGUUGCAAUUCAUUGUGGCUCAGAAGAUGGGAAAACACCAAAGCAAUAAUAUCACGGCAGCAAAGCUAUAACAUGUUAGGAUCUCGGUGGAACAGGUUCAUAUGUGAAACUAAUUCAUUGCACAAGAGAUUUGCACUAUGUCAACAAAACAAUUAUUUCUAAGUCAAUUAAACAUGGCAACAUCUACUUGUAACAUGAUUGUCUGCUGAAAUAAGAAGCAGGUGAGAAACAGCAGUGGAGUACAUUCUUACUGUGUUCAGAAAGCGUCUUUCCUGGAAGAGUUAAAAAA